AUGGUUCGCAUCGUCCCCUUCACUGUUGCCGCCAUGCUUUUCGCCAGCAGCGUGGCGAUCUGCACGAGAAACGGUCUCACGCAGAUGUUGACCCACGUCAAACGUCACCCAAACUACACGCAGACUGAAUUCUGGGACUACUGGUAUACCCAGCAUGCACCCAAGGUCGCUCCCUUGGCGUCCUACUUCAACAUCUCGCGUUACCAACAGGUCCGCAUUGGAGGACUCGUACUCCCUACCGAGGCCGGUGCAACUGAGCCUGCCUCUGAUGUUCCUGUCGAGUUCGAUGGAGUUGCGAUGUUUCUCUACCGCUCUCCUGACGAUCUCGCUGCUAUGAUCUCUCACCCGUACUAUACUGAGGUGGUUCUUCCUGAUGAAGGCGUCUUCAUCGACAAGUCUGCCUUUGGUGGCGGUCAGGUCGCUUCCUUCGUGGGCGCUCACUUUGAGGUGGUGGAUGACAAGAAGGAUGUCUGGAUUGGCAACGAUGCAGACAGGGAGAAGUAUCAGCAGCUGUUCGAUUCCUACAACUAA